AUGCUCGGGUUGCGACCGACGCUGCGGGCCCGGCCUUCGCUAGUGGACCUAAUCCGACGGGGAAACCACGGCCAAAGUCCUAACUCGAGCCCAAGUUCAAGCCGGCCGGGUACACCUGCACAAUCUGCGUCACCUGGCACUGGCAGCGCUUUCUUUACCAACGGUAGCACUGAUAAGGCCGCUAAAGCCACAGAGUUGAUAGCUGAAGCUUCUAGCCAACCGCUACCCCCCAGCCCGUUACUAUUACCAGCUACUAACGAUACAGCCACACCUGCGACUAGCUCCACAAUCGUCACAAAUACAACUACAACCACCACCGCAAUAACCACUCCUUCACCUUCGACGUCAAGCUCCUCACCUAGAGCUGAACCUUUACCUGUGCUUGCAUUACCUGUCCCAACAAUUUCCAUAGCUGAGGAGCCGCCCGUAACCCCCAAACAAACUCCCAAAAUGGCUCCGUCAGCGAAAGCCACGAACGGCGACAAAGAUGGGCUCAACAGCGGCAAGAUUUACUCCGUAUCCGGACCCGUCGUGGUAGCCGAGGACAUGAUUGGAGUUGCCAUGUACGAGCUUGUAAGAGUCGGCCACGAUAACCUAGUCGGUGAAGUCAUUAGGAUCAACGGUGACCAAGCCACCAUUCAAGUCUACGAAGAGACCGCUGGUAUAACCGUAGGCGACCCCGUUCAGCGUACCGGCAAACCUCUCUCCGUCGAGCUUGGUCCCGGUCUAUUACACAACAUCUACGAUGGAAUCCAGCGACCUCUCGAGAAGAUCUCCCAACAGUCCCAGAGUAUCUACAUCCCGCGUGGUAUCGCGGCUCCCGCCCUCGACCGAACCAAGAAGUGGGAGUUCACUCCUACCCUCAAGGUUGGCGACCACAUCUCCGGCGGCGACGUGUGGGGAACCGUCUUCGAGAACUCGUUCAUCAAGGUUCACAAGAUCCUGCUGCCUCCGCGAGCAAGGGGAACUAUCACCAAAAUCGCCGGAAAGGGCGAGUACACCGUCGACGAGAAGAUCCUCGAGGUCGAGUUCAACGGCAACAAGACCGAGUACGGCAUGAUGCAGACUUGGCCUGUCCGUGUUCCACGACCGACGACCGAGAAGCUUUCUGCCAGCAACCCCUUCAUUGUCGGUCAGCGAGUCCUCGACGCUCUUUUCCCCAGUGUCCAGGGCGGUACGGUGGCUAUCCCUGGUGCUUUCGGAUGUGGAAAAACCGUCAUUUCGCAAUCAGUUUCCAAGUUUUCAAACAGCGACGUGAUUGUCUACGUGGGCUGUGGAGAGCGAGGAAACGAGAUGGCUGAAGUCUUGAAGGAUUUCCCCGAGCUGUCCAUUGAUGUCGAGGGCCGCAAGGAACCCAUCAUGAAGCGAACUACUUUGAUCGCCAAUACCUCUAACAUGCCUGUCGCUGCUCGAGAGGCUUCAAUCUACACUGGAAUUACCGUAGCCGAAUAUUUCCGUGACCAGGGAAUGGACGUGGCCAUGAUGGCUGAUUCCUCAUCUCGAUGGGCCGAAGCUCUGCGUGAAAUUUCCGGCCGUCUCGGUGAAAUGCCUGCUGAUCAGGGUUUCCCCGCCUACCUCAGUGCCAAGCUGGCCAGUUUCUACGAACGUGCAGGCAAGACGAGCUGCCUUGGCUCACCCGAGCGUGAGGGCAGUGUCAGUAUCGUCGGUGCCGUCAGUCCCCCCGGUGGUGACUUCUCAGACCCCGUCACCAGCUCUACGCUAGGUAUUGUGCAAGUGUUCUGGGGUCUCGACAAGAGGCUGGCACAGCGGAAGCAUUUCCCUUCUAUCAACACGUCCGUGUCAUAUAGCAAGUAUACCAACACCUUGGAUAAAUGGUACGAGAAAGACUACCCCGAGUUCCCACGGCUGCGCGACCGCAUCAAGCAGCUCCUAUCCGACUCGGAAGAGCUGGACCAGGUUGUGCAGCUGGUAGGAAAGUCAGCGCUGUCGGACCCGGACAAGAUCACGCUGGACAUGGCGACGCUGCUGAAGGAGGACUUCCUCCAGCAGAACGGAUACUCGGACUACGACCAGUUCUGCCCGAUCUGGAAGACGGAGUGGAUGAUGAAGCUCAUGGUCGGCUUCCACGACGAGGCGCAGAAGGCCAUCGCCCAGGGCCAGAGCUGGGCCAAGGUCCGCGAGGCCACGAGCGACCUCCAGGCCCAGCUCCGACAGCUCAAGUUCGAGCUACCGAGCGAAGGGGAGGAGGUCAUUGGCAAGAAGUACGAGAGCAUCCAGCAGACCAUGUUGGAUAAGUUCGCCGCAGUCAUGGACGAGUAA